AUGUCAUCGGACAUCUUGAUAUACGCAGUAUGUGAGUUGUUGCUAGCUCUACAAAUUGCUGUGUCCAACGCUCUUGUAAUAUGGGUAUAUCUGACCAAACGGCCUGUCCGGACCCCCACCAACACCUACAUGUUCAGCCUUGCUUUAACCGAUUUCCUGGCCGGUGCCGUGGGUGUCCCGAUCACAGUUUUCUCGGUGAUCACAAGGGCUCCUCACUCCUUCAACUCUUGUUUGUUCGUCCAUCUUAUUUUGUGUAUAUUAUGUACCGUUUCUACCUUCCAUUUACUGGUUAUUGCCAUCGACAAAUACCUUACAAUUUGUUGUCAGUGUCAGUUUUGGAUGGAUCAAAAGGCACGGCAUUUCCGGGCCCGGAUGCUCAUUAUUUUGGCUUGGAUUAUGGGCACGGUGAUUGGUCUCCUGCCAUUGUUCGACGUCUUUGAAUUCGCUUCUCGAAAUCGGCAUCGGUUCAAGGGGGAAUGUCAUUUCACUCUCGUAAGUGACGUCAUUUUUACCAUUAUUUUGGUCCAGUUCCUGGUUCGUCGCAGUACGAAGCUUUUGAAAGACCAUUUAAUUAUCAGCCACACACAUUAUUCGUGCUUUACUUGACCGAAUUAACGUCUGAAUAAUUUCAUUUUCCAGGUGGUCGACUACCGGUACUUGGUCUACGUAAUCUUCUUCGCAACGAUAAUUGUGCCCUCAGUCAUCAUCUUGUGUUGUUAUACUGCCAUCUACCGACGUAUCGGAUUAGAAGAAAAACAAAUAAAAUGUCUCCUGAGGGCGUCCGAGAGACGAAGAAGGAUGAGAAACCGGAGAAAACUGAUCAGAACCCUGACUUUGUUGGUCUGCACAUACGCCGUCUGCUGGUUCCCCUUGUAUUUAUUGAACACGAUCGACCUCUUCUUCCCGGACAGAAAGCCCACCCCAUUGAUGACAUUAUUCACGGUGGUCUUAUCCCAUGCAAAUUGUGCCUUGAAUCCGGUGAUUUAUGCAUAUGGAAUGCCCGGAUUCAAACAUACAUUAAGGAGAUUCAUCGGCAUCAAGACAAUGAACAAGCCCCCGAUCAUGAUUAAGAACGCUGUUCCCCAUGGGAAACAUUCUACUGCAAGUUCUAUUUAUUCCCAACACAACACUCCUUAUAAGGGCCGCAAAAAGUAUUCUUGGACUCAGUUAGGACGAAGUUUGGAGUCAAUCGACGGUUCUUUCAGCCCCAACAAGAUCUCUCAACGACAACCUUUGAAUGCCAUAAAUAAACGGUGA